UUGGUUGGCGAUAAAGUCCGGCAUGCACUAGAUUUGGGUUUAUCCGUUUUACCUUGCAUUGGCGAGAAACUGGAUGAGCGAGAAGCUGGCAACACUGAAGCAGUCUGUUUCCGACAGAUGAAAGCAAUCGCAGCUAAUAUAAAAUCCAAUGAUUGGUCUCGUGUGGUGAUCGCUUAUGAGCCUGUGUGGGCCAUCGGUACUGGUAAGACAGCAACUCCGGAACAAGCCCAGGAGGUGCACGCUGCUUUGCGCAAAUGGCUAUCCGAAAACGUCUCUCCAGCUGUCUCCGCCAGUGUCCGUAUACUGUAUGGAGGUUCAGUUACUAGUGCGAACUGCAAGGAUUUAGCCUCGAGACCGGAUAUUGACGGCUUUCUUGUGGGUGGAGCCUCGUUGAAACCCGAAUUCAUUGAUAUAAUCAACGCCAAAAAAUAA